AUGCUAUCUCUGGAAGACGCCCAGCGCGGCAUGAGGCUGCUCAAGGAAGCGGGAAUGAAAAAGCUCAACUUUGCUGGUGGCGAGCCUUUCCUGUACCCCAACUUCCUGGGACCCCUUCUGCGUUGCGGAAAAGUCGACUUGAAGAUAGAAAGAAUCAGCAUCGUAUCAAACGGCUCCAAGAUCAAGGAGAAGUUCUUGCGCAAGCACGCAGCCUUUAUUGACAUCCUCGCUAUCUCCUGCGAUUCGUUCGACCCUAAUACUAACAUCCAGAUCGGAAGAGGCAAAGACGGGGACAACAUCAAGACCUUGACGAAAAUUGCCGGCUGGUGUAGAGAACUGGGCAUCAAGUUCAAGAUCAAUACGGUUGUCUCUGUAGUCUCAAUUAGAACGAAGACCUAUCUCAUCUAAUCACGCAAUUGCAGCCAUUCCGGUGGAAGGUGUUCCAGUGCUUGAUCGUUACCGGCGAGAAUGACAACGGGGAGCGAAAGCGCGAUGCCCGUUCGCUUCUCGUAAGUCAGCAGCAAUGGCAAACAUUCUGCGAUCAACACAAGCAUCUGGAGUGUUUUGUUCCUGAGAGCAAUGACAUGAUAAAAGGGAGCUACUUGAUCUUGGACGAGAGUAUGACCUUCCUGGAUAAAGGCGAUGGAGAGGAGAGAGCAAGGGAGAGUAUUCUAGAUGUUGGGGUGAAGACAGCCAUGAGUCAAGUACGGUGGGAGCAGACUACAUUUCUCACGAGAGGCGGGGUUUAUGAUUGGACCAAGGCACGUCCGAGCGAGGGAUGCGGCACACAGAACAAGGAAUUGGAGUGGUGA